CAAUUUUGAUCUUAACGCAAAGACUACGUUUAAUAACAUCAACAAAGAUGUCGUCAAAAGUUGUAGUAGUUUGUGCCAUAUUGGCAAUAAUAUCGUGUACACAAGCUGCAGAUACGGAACCCUCAAGUCUAUUGAAAAAUGUCAUACCCACGAUUAUGCAAAAAUACUAUAAUUUGGCACCUACCGAGACCGGUUACCAUUUAGUUGUAGAAAAUCCAAAUGGCAGUAUACGUGAAGAAAUGCAAAUGAUUUUGAAUCCUGGUACACCCGAACAGGAGACCGUUGUUAUGGGCAUGUAUACGAUAUAUGAUGAUAAAACUGAUACCGAAACUGUAACCAUGUAUACGGCAGAUAAAAAUGGUUAUAGACCACGUAUAACAAUGAAGCGAAAAGUAAGAUCUGCAAAACUAAAUAAAUCUUUAAUCUCGAGAUAAUUUGUUUUAAUUAUUAUUUUUAUUCGAAAAUAAAUUUGAAAAU